AUGGGAAUUGGGAAUUGCAGAUUAUCCGUAACAUUCCAGCCGAUUCUGUUUAUAGAAGUGACUUUAAGCACUCCUCAGAAGCUUGAUAAGGUUCCUCCCGAGAAGCCUACAAACUUGAGCUGCAUUGUGAUUCAGACACAAGUAACAACCUUUAUUCAAAGAUGUUCCUGGGAACGUGGAAGAGAUACAUUAUUGCGCACUAAUUAUUUUUUAAAGUAUAGGUGGCCAACUAAAGUAUAUCCUGAUUGUAUACCUCAAGACAGUAAUAAUUAUUGUACCAUUUCUGAUGUCGUCUUUUUUGUCACCUUGGAAAUGUGGGUAGAAGCCAAAAAUGAACUUGGAGUAGCUGAAUCUGACCACAUUGAAUUUGAUCCCAUAACUUAUGUGAAACCACUGUCUCCACAUAAGCUUUCCGUCAAUUCAGGAGAAUUUCCUAGAAUCUUAAGGCUGUCAUGGGAAAACAGAUUUAAUGAAGCUCAACAAUUACUAAAAUAUAAAAUUCAAUAUAAGAUCUUGAACAGGAAUGAUUGGAAUGAGAUUCCUCCUGAAGAUACAGCUUCACCGAGAACUUCAUUUACUCUCCAGGAACUCAGGCCAAAUACAGCAUAUCAGAUUAGACUGUGUUGUGCAGUUUCUUUGUCAAAGUACUGGAGGAGUUGACUCCUUCUGAAGCAAAUGGAGUAAUUUUGAAAUAUGAAGUAUCUAUUUCAGGAAGACCGCCACUUUCUUUUCCAACUAGAUAUUACACUGUGAAUACCACGCAACUGAUUUUAAAUGUACAAAAUGGGACAUACUAUGUGAGCGUUACAGCAUUUAACAAAGUUGGUAAAUCUCCUACAUCAGGUUUGCUUAUUCCAGCAACUAAUUCAAAAGCUCCUGUGAAGAAUCAACAACCAUUUUUAAUUUAUGCAAAUACAACCUGUACAAUUCUUUUUUUAGGAACUGUAAAGCCAUACAAGUGUUACAUAAUAACAGUAUAUCCAUUAUAUAAUGGUGGUCAAGGAGAAGGAGAAUCAACACAGGCCUAUCUUCAACAAGAUGUUCCUGCUACUGGACCUACUGUUCGAACAAAGAAACUUGGAAAGUUUGAAGCUAUUUUAGAAUGGGAACAUCUCUCGGUGGAGGAACAAAAUGGGUUUAUCAAAAACUACACCAUUUCUUAUAGAACAGUGAAUGGAGAUGAAAGAGUUGUGGCUGUGGACCCUUCGAAAACAGAGUACUUACUAUCAUCUUUAUUAAGUAAUACUUUGUAUGUUGUGCAUAUGACAGCAUACACAGAAAGUGGAGGAACAGCUGGUCCUCAGUUUACAUUUUCUACAAAUAGAUUUGAGGAUGGAGAAAUAGAAGCAAUAGUUGUUCCUAUCUGCAUAGCAUUUCUGCUACUUACUUUAUUGGGUGUAUUAGUUUGCUUCAGCAAACGAGAUACCAUUAAGAAACACAUCUGGCCUAAUGUGCCUGAUCCUUCAAAGAGUGUGAUUGCUCAGUGGUCACCACAGACACCAGCUAAGCAUUUUAAUUCAAAAGAGGAAAUAUAUCCAGAGGGCAGUUUUACUGAUGUCAGUGUUGUAGAAAUUGAAGCGGAGGACAAGAAAUCCCUCUCAGAUCAAGAUCUGAAGCCUUUCGACUUGCUUAGGAAAGAGAAGAGCGCCUCAGAAGGUCACAGCAGUGGUAUAGGAGGUUCAUCCUGCAUGUCUUCUCCUCGACAAAGUGUUUCGGAUAGCGAUGAAGGGGAACCUGCUCAGAACACUUCCGGCACUGUGCAGUACUCAACUGUAAUACCCAGUGGCUACCGGGAUCAAAUUCCUUCAGUGCAAGUCUUUGCCAGAUCUGAAUCUACACAGCCUCUCUUAGAUUCAGAAGAGAGGCCAGAGGAUCAACAGAUGCUUGGAAAUGACCACUCAGUGCCCAAGCAGCGCUACUUCAAGCAAAAUAGCAGCUGCGAUGACACGGCCACAGAUUUCGAAAAAGCGAAACAGAUUUCUCCAAUAAGUGAGGAAGAUGCUGCCAGGCUGCCAGCAUCACAAAUGGGUGGAUCUGGCCCAGAAACAGAUGAACAAGGGAAGGACUUAAUAGGUGCAUUUUCUCCUAACCUAAUGGAACAGGCUGGGCAGCUUGAAAAUAACAUAGAUAUGGUAACCAAUGAAGAGAUGCCCAAAAGCUACCUUCCGCAGACUGUACGGCAAGGUGGUUAUAUGCCCCAAUGAAAAGACAAUACUGUUUUGCCAUUGCUCUGUUUUUUAAAAAUUAUGUUUCAGGUGAAAAUCAGGCUCAUCUAUGGAAGAUAAUUUGGACAACAUGAGAUUUGGGAAACUUGAAAAGACUUUUAAAGGAAAAUUUCUAGACUUCUACUGAUUUUUUUCCUUCAAGCACUACAUAUAUUCAAUUUCAGAGAUACGUUUAUUACAUUUCAGUUUUGUCCUGGGCAUUCCACUUUGUUUUUAAUGUAGAAUAUAAAGUUACAUUCAUUUGCAUAAAGACAUAUAGGCCAGGAGUUGAUAAUUGCAAAUAUUUCCCUACAGUUAAGACCAUAAGAGGUUAAAACGUACAUUAUGAAUGCUCCAUUUGUGAUUGUCUAGCACCAACUUUUCAAAAAUAGUGUUUUAAUUACAGUGAGAGUUAUCCAGAAGCAAAUAGUUUACUGCCUAUCUGGCCAAACAUAAUUGCCUCAGACAGAAUAUAAACAUUACAUGGGUUUAGUUAUAGCUCCAAUAAUUAACUAACUAGAAAUGUUUUGUUUGCUUGGGCUCUUUCUCUGACCGUAGCAUGUUACUCAUGUCAAUCAAGGACUGCAUUAAUUGAGUGAAUUAUCAGCUAAUUGAAUCAUGAUUAUGUCAAAAAGUUGACUGGUAAUAUUUCACGUUGACUUUUGACUGCCAGUAUUUCAUGCCUUUUGUAUCUUGCACUUUGAGCCAUAUCUGCAGAAAUGUAAAUACUACAUUUGGAACCCAAUCCUACAAAGUUAAAUCUCUGUAUAUGCUUAUUUUUAUUACCGUAUCAUAAUUAGAGGCAAUUGUUACUAAAGAGGAAUAUAUACUUUUCUUUUGCUAACUGCUAAAAUGCCAGGUUCUGGUAUUCCUUCCUGUGCAUAAUUAUGAAGGCUGGAAACCACACAGCUGGGUUAUUGAAGACACUAUGCUGAGCCGUGGUCUUUGUUUUGCAGUUCUUUUUGCUCCAACGUAUGAAGACAUUUAUUUCUUGGAAAUAUCAAUUCCUUUGGUUCAUACAAGUUUAUUAAAAACAAAUUUCCACAAUGCAUUAAUAGCCUGAAUGUCUUUUGAUGCAGUCCAGGAACACUAAAAUUGCAUAAGAAUUAAAGAUUAUUUGAUUGUUUUUUAACAAUUUCAGUAUGUAUAUAUUGAAACUUUAGAGAUCAUCACCUUGAUUACUCUCAUGUUCCUCUUUGGGGGG